GGCAAUGUUGAACAAAAUAACACCGGAAGACGACAUUGAAAAUGUACUUGUUCGCCCGGUUGUUUCGGCCUGGAAAAAGAUUAAUACAACGGAGAUGUUUGCAACAAAUGAAUAAAAGUAGAGAGAUGGGAGGUCUGAUAGGCCCAGUCUCAUACCGCGGAGAGACACCCCCUCAUGGUGCAAUGUGGUGGCGGGUUUCAGAGUUGAUCACUGCUGUCAUGUUUUCAUGGAUGGGCAUUAUGUCCUACAUGCAUUCAGGACAUAUAAUAGGCGGUGAUUUCCCAGACAUCAAUCCAGAAGAAUGGACUGAUGAAGAGCUUGGCAUUCCCGCUGACGAAGAAGAUGUGUAUCCGCUAGGGUACAUCCCUUUGAAGGAUCGAUAGCCUCAUACGCUUCUGCCCUAAUGUGUGAUAGAUUGGGUUAUUUGAUGAAUAUUAAAUAUUGAUAUCUCAAAAA